UCUCUCUCUCUCUCUCUCUCUCUUAGGGUCUUUGAUCCAAAGAAGUUUGAAAAAGCAGGUCAAAUCGAGAAGCUAAGUGCAGUCCACAAACAAAUCGAUGGUGCAGUUGAUGAAGAACGGCGGCGGAUCGGACUCGCAGACCCAAAAGAUGGCGGUGGUGAAGAUGGAGUUGGAGGAUUCCUUGGAAGAGGAGCACGGCCCACUUCACAAGCGACCUAAAAUGUUAAUAUUGUCUGAUUUUGUUUUGCUGCAGCAGAGUUUGGGAAUGGGUGUCUUAUCAGUGCCACCCUCACAGUACAACCCUCUUGACGAGCCAAGCCCAUUGGGCUUACGCCUCAGGAAAAGCCCAUCUCUUUUGGAGUUGAUUCAGAUGAAACUUUCUCAGUCAACCUCACCAAGAGCAGGCAAUCACAGUAGAAAAGAGGCUUCAAAAGCUUCUGCUGAUAAGUUGAAGGCCUCCAAUUUUCCGGGCUCGCUUCUGAGAAUCGGAGCAUGGGAGUAUAAAUCAAGACAUGAAGGGGACUUAGUGGCAAAAUGUUAUUUUGCGAAGCAUAAGCUUGUGUGGGAAGUUCUUGAUGGGGGCCUCAAGAAUAAAAUCGAAAUUCAGUGGUCGGAUAUUAUGGCGUUGAAGGCGAAUUAUGGGGAUGAUGGUCCCGGGACUUUGAAUGUUGUGUUGUCUCGACAGCCGCUUUUUUUUAGAGAGACUAAUCCGCAGCCAAGGAAGCAUACUCUCUGGCAGGCAACUUCAGAUUUUACUGGUGGACAAGCUAGUAUGCUUAGGCAACACUAUCUGGAGUGCUCACAAGGCCUACUGGGAAAACAUUUUGAGAAACUUAUGCAAUGUGAUCCCCGCUUAAACAUUCUCAGUCAACAAGGAGAGAUUAUUAUAGAUUCUCCGUAUUUUGAACCGAGAAUAUCCGUGUUCGAUGACCAGAAUGAAUGCAAAGACAGUUUCGAUUUAAAUGCAGAGGGAAGUUCUUCGUUGUUCAGCUUGCAGGAUGUUAAUUCACCAUCUGUUGUUCAGUCUUCUUCCCCAAAGAAUGAUAUAAUAGAUGCAACUGGCGGACACUCGGGAUCCUACCCUCGUGAAACACCUUCGCCAGUAUCAGCCAUUAAUACACCAACAGUGGAGCAGCUGAACCUGAAAGAAGUAGGGAAGUGGGAAGAUAUGAUAGUCCCCGGCCUACGUUCUUCCAUGUCAAUGAGAGAUCUUGUCAGCCACCUCGAAAACCGCAUUUCAGAACAUCCCGAAAACCCUACACUCUCAAGUGAGGAUUGGCAGAGCCUCCAAAUUCUCGAUGACAUAAACCGAUGCCUCUUCUCAGAUUCCCAAAUUCCACCAGACGAGAAGUCUCUCAUGUCCAGAGUUAACUCUCUCUGCUGCCUCCUCCAAAAAGACAAUAAUAACCUUAACCAACCUCCCUCUCAAAAUGAAGGAGAAGUGGGCCCGGCAGAUAUGGCGAGGAAAGAUUCGGUUGGGGAUUUGCUUAUGAACCUGCCAAGGAUAGCUUCCUUGCCUCACUUCUUGUUCAAUAUUUCUGAGGAUUAUGAGACUCGUGGGCCCGAGUGAGUGAAUUGGGGUUUCUUCUUCAAGUGUAUAGUGAAGUUGUAGUUUUUGUUUUUUUUCAGUCAUUUGUGAUUUGUCUGGUUGAUUUGAUUUGUUGUGUUUUUCGGUUUAUAGUUUGUUUGGUUUGGGGGGAUUCGGAGAUUGAGGUUGAUGAUGGGUCCUCUGCUAUACUGUGUCAUUUGUGUAUUCGAAGCUUUUUAUGUUCGCUUGUAGGAGGUUUAUGUAUGUGUAUUCGAAAAUUGUACACUUUUACUUAAGGGUUCGUACGUUUGCCGGUUGUUUGUUGGACUCUUUUAGUUACAGACGGUUUUACACCAAGUAUGCUGAUUUUUACUUGCUUUUUUUUCUUCAUUUUUUUUU